UCCCUCUGUUGUUUUGGGCCAUUGAAGCAACGACAAACGAUUUUCCGAAGGACACCUCAACGCCGCACCGAAGUGGGCGUGUCCAGGUGUCGCGGGGGGGGGGCGGGGCCGGACGCAGACAGGUGUAGAGGCUCGAACCUGUGCUGUAGUUGCGUCUCCCUGUGCUUGACAGACAAGUAGAUGUCUGUUUGGUCAGUACCCGCUUUACUCUCUUUAUCUGAUACAAUUACACGCGUUUACCUCCGUGCGUGUACUUGUACCUCGUGACGCUCCAGGCCGCAGCAGGACCUUUUCGCCGUUCAGGACUCAGCGGUAUCACACCGGAGGACAGCGCGUGCAGCGAUCCGUAUUUUGAUUUGACUUCCGAUGACGUCCUGAAGCAGAAAUCGACCACGAGCGCCCGAUAGGAGACAGGAAGGAGAUUCCCAGCUUUUAUUUUGGUACUUAAGAUGGAGACGAAGGGGCACCGACUGGCGGUGCUUUUACUUCUUGCGGCGUGCGCGCAGGCGGACUUCGAGGAGCCCCCUCAGCCCGUCUCCUCCCUGCGCUCCUUCGCCGAGGGCGAGACCCGGCUGCCCUGCCGCUACCGGGCGGAGGGGGAGGAGAAGGUGGUGCAGGUCACAUGGUACAAGGAGCUCCCGGACGGCAGCAAGGACCAGAUCAUCACCGCCCACUUCACAGACGGCCAAACGGAGUUCGGGCGCUACUCGGGCCGGGUGAGGUUCCAGAGCGGGACCCCCACGGUGGACUCGACCCUGCUCAUCCCCAGCACCGAGGACUCGGACCAGGGCAGCUACACCUGCCACAUCUCCACCUUCCCCAACGGGAACUUCGAGAGGCAGAUGACGCUCACCGUCUGGGUUUUACCCAUCUCCUCCCUGGACCCCGUGCUCCUGGUGGAGGGCCAGUCGUUCCGCGUGGCGGCUUCCUGCCGAGCGGUGGGCCGCCCGGCCCCCCGUCUCUCCUGGGACACCGACCUGCCGGGCCAGUCCCAGAACCGCUCCAAGGAGGGCGGGUCCGUGUCCAGCUACUACUCGCUGCACCCCCUGCGAGGCAUGAACGGCAAGAAGCUGGACUGCCUGGUGUGGCAUCCCGGCCUGCAGCAGCCGCGCAGGAUCCCCAACAGGCUGGUGGUCCAGUACCCCCCGGACGCCACCAUCUCGGCUGAGACGCGCGACUGGGUCGUGGGUUUGGAGAGAGCCGAGCUGUUGUGCGGCAGCGGAGGACAGCCCAAACCUCAGAGCGUCACCUGGACGCGCAGGAGGGGAGGAGCGCUGCCGGACGGGGCGUCGGCGAUUGGAGGGAAGCUGGUGUUCGUGCGGGCCCUCCGCUUGAAUGACAGCGGCGUGUACGAGUGCCUGGUCAGGAACGACGUGGGAGAAGGAAGAACCGAGUACACGUUGACGGUUAAAGAGACGUCUCGACAGGAGGUCUCCGUCAACAACAUGCUGCUGAUCAUCAUCGGGGCCUCGGCCGGAGCUCUGGUCCUGGUCCUGGUCCUGAUCGUCCUGCUGGUCAACCGGCACCAUCGAAACAAAAACAAAAAGCUCGAGUUGGAGCUCAGCGAAAAGACAGAGGAAAUUCAAAGUUUCUCCAGACAAGCUUCCUUCAGGAGGCUGAACUCCGUCAGCACGGACCCCAGAUUGCACCCUGAAGAUUACGCUGUGCUCCGGGUAGACAGCCGGAUGAAGAGCAGCCAGAUGUCUCUGGAGCGACCCGCCUCCACAGUGAGCGGGAGGUGGGGGCCCCCGGCGGGGGUGGAGGUGGACGAGCUGGGACGCCCCGUCGUCUGGCGCGUGGGCGGGGACGGCACGAGAGGAGCGGGGAGGGACGGGGAGGAGGUGGAGGAGCGCAGGAGGAGGGUGGAGUCGUUCCUGAAGGACAGCAACAUGUCACUGGACUCAGGUCUGCCUUCUUCCCUGGUUCCCCUGAAGGCCCGGCAGGACGACGGCGUCGGGCCCAGAGAGCCGCACCUGGGCCACCUGACGGAGGUGGAGGACUGGGGCCCCGCCCAGCCGGUGGCCGAGGGCCAUGGGGACGCCGGGGACAAGGACGACGACGAGGAGGAGGAGGAGGACGACAGCGGCUCCUACCAGCUCUCGAAGGCGCUCAACAAUCACUUCUACUCCAGCGGCGGGUUCCUCAGGCCCAAGCCUCACUCCAACGCCAUCCUGCUGCACCCCAGGGGACAGAUCAUCUAGACGCCCGUCUGUCCCCCGAAGCAGGACGGGCGGCCGGUGCCGUUCUCUCUCAUGGGGAUGUUUCUGUGCAAACUGACUGCAGUGCGUUUAUUCGCUCAUUGACAAUCCAAACUUUUAUUUUUAACACCCGGACCGUGAGUUUCGCUCACGUUCUUCUCACCCAAUGAGUUUUUUUUAUGCCUUUUUUUUUUUUUUAAUUGGAUGGCCGACAGCGGGGAGACAACAGGAAACGAGGUGCGAGUGAGUCGGCGGAUAAAGCCGCCGGCUCUGGCGUGAACCAGAGCCGGCGGGGAAGCUUUUUCACCCACAUUACUUAGCUGACGGAGAGUUACAGGAGCGGGCAGUCGAGUUCUGCCUUGCACAAACCUCCGGGGGGGAGUGUGAAAGUCCUUCUCUCCUCGAACACGGGCGGAGUCGAGGUUCCGUGACGCUCGCUGUGGCGUCUAUUGUACCGCAAAGACAAAGGCACACUUGAUCUCGACAAACCGCUUCAGGUGCCGCGUUGACAUCGAAAAACAUUCAGGGACGAUCACACGGACUCGACUUCUCCAACUGUCCCAGCGGCCCAGUCGAGAUGAAUCUGUAGUGUAUUUGGUAUUUUCAGCUUUAACGCACCUGUAGCUAAGCGGUGUGUACGUGUAUUAUGUGAAAGGAAACACUAUGAGGAGAUACUUUAUUAUUUUGUCAAGAGGUCAAAAGGGCACAAGAACACAACCUGGAUGUUAAAGGGGUUUAAAUCAAAUCGCUGCACAGGAAGGACGGACUGGACCAAACAUGCAGGAGAUGAACUAAAGGCAGCUGCGUGUUUCGUCGCGUGAAUUGUUUAUAUUAAUUGUCUUUUUCUAUGAAACUAUAAAAAAACAAUACUGCCAUGUAAAUAUUGAAAUGUUUAUUCAUAAAAGUACAGCAUACAAAGUAAUUGUUCUUAAUGAUUUGCCUCUCGUGAGGAUAAAAGGGCGUCGCUGAUCCAGCUGCUGCAGUAACAUGGUUUUAUAUCACAUCUGGUUUAUUCUAGUUCAGAUGUCUGACUUAAGUUUGUGGAUAACAGGCGAAAAACAGAUUUUCACAGGGUGGCUGGUCUCUGUGUGACCGAGUGGUGAGUUCAAUGACCUCGUAAAACCUCCCUAUUUAAUGAAUAAAGCGUCAUUUUGGGAAA